AGAAUCUGAAUUCUCCCCUGCAUUUGCAAUGCAAUUUGGAGUUGUUGUUACCUUUUGCAAAUUUCAUAGUUUCAUCUCAUUGAGUCAUUGUGGUUAAUAGCUUGGGGCUACUUAUUGUUGAAUGUACUUUUAUGCUUAUGGUAUAUUUUGAUCUUUUUCAUAUGUAAUUCUUGAAUGAUCUUGAGAAAUUAAGAUUUUUUUUAGCACAUGAGGGUAUCUCUUUUUCUUUAAGUCGAAGCGAAGAUUGUUGUGUAUGCUUGGUGUAGACUCUUGAAUGUUCAGCUUUGGUAGUUGGUCCUUCUCUUUUUGUCUUUGUGCUGUGCUGAGAUCUAAAAGACAUAAGUAUCUUUUUUGUUGUUGAAGCAACCAGUUUAUCAUGUGUCCUGAUUUUGGUAGGUGACACUAUCAGACUACUACUAUAAUGUGACCACCUAAACUAGAUCUAAUGAUCGUGAUGUCACUAAGCAGUUCAGUUCAAAUACAGAUAGAUCUCAGCCAAAAAACAAACAAACAUUUUGGUUUUUAUGAUCAAGAAAAUUCAUCUUGCAUUGAUCACUGUACAAUGUACAUUGCUUAAAUGAUCUCAGGGAUCAGGAUCAGAGGAGAAGAGAAGAUGGAGUUCAAAGCAGCCAUGUUCGCGGCCGCCGUCGUAGCCGUCCUCCUAUCGUCGCCGUCACCGGCAUUGGCUCAGAAGAAGAGCCCGCCGGCGGCGCCGUCGCCGGUGUCGCUUCCACCGAGCUUGGCUCCGGCGCCGGCGCCGGCGCCGCACUACGUCGACCUCGCCGAGCUCCUCAGCGUGGCCGGGCCGUUCCACACGUUCCUCAACUACCUGGAGAAGACGAACGUCAUCGAGACGUUCCAGAGCCAGGCGAACAAGACCAAGGAGGGCGUCACCAUCUUCGUCCCCAAGGACUCGGCGUUCGCCGCCAUCAAGCAGUCCACCUUUUCCAACCUCACCGGCGACCAGCUCAAGACGCUGCUGCUGUACCACGCGUUCCCCAAGUUCUACUCCCUGGCCGAGUUCAAGAACCUCAGCGAGCUCAACCCGGUGAACACGUUCGCCGGCGCGCCGUACACGCUGAACCUCACCGACGACAUGGGCACCAUCUCCGUGCAGUCGAUGUGGUCCAGGCCCAAGAUCUCGAGCAGCGUGUACGCCACGAGGCCCGUGGCGGUGUACGCGCUCAACAAGGUGCUCCUGCCCAUGCAGAUCUUCAGCAAGGACCCGCCGCCGGCGGCGGCAAGGCGGACUCGACGAGCGCCGCGUGCGGCGUCGGCGCCGGCGUCGUCAAUGGCUUGGUGAUGGCAUUGGCUGGUAGCUUGAUGCUCCUGUGGUGAUGAUCAGAGAGAGAGAGAGAGAGAGAGUUCUUGGAGUCAAAUUUGCAACAGCAGCACAUUGUUCAUGCUUCUCCACACUUGAUUCUAUUUUGAAUUGAUUUGAAAGAGCCAUUCUUUUGGACAUAGUAGGCAAUGUUUGUAGGAUCGAAUUGGAGUAUUUUUUUUUACAACGUAUUACGAUCAUAAUUCAUAAUUACUCAUCUGCUGAUGGAUGAAUGAAUAUGAAAAGGGGUUUCUCUUACAUUUCUACUA